ACAACCGCACUCUUCUUCCCAAGGCUCACGGACCCCGCGCGGCGACAGCCGCAUAACCGCACCCUGGUCACGGAAACCCCACGUAACUACCGCCCGAGCUCGCCGCCGCUGCCCUGCCAGCAGAAGCCCAGUGCCCACCGCAUGGCCGCGCGCGCGCUGCACGCCAUGCCGCACGCCGCCGCCAGCGCCAGCCCGCGACCGGCCGCGGCGCCCCUAGCCCCACCACCGACCGCCCCGUGCCUCCACGCGAGGGGCCCGCGCGGCUUCCAGCAGCCCGCACGGCGGGUCCGCCUCCUCCGCCCUGCCGCCGCGGCCGCCAAGUCCGAGGCCAUCGGGAGCACCGCGGAGGCCCCGGCGGUGGAGGGGCUCACGAGGAAGCUUCAGGGGGUCGAGGUGUUUGACCUGAGCGGUAAGGCCGUGCCCAUCGUUGAUCUAUGGAAGGACAGGAAGGCCGUGGUUGCAUUUGCCCGCCAUUUCGGGUGCGUGCUGUGCCGGAAGAGAGCCGACCUUCUCGCGUCGAAACAGGAUGUAAUGCAAGCUGCUGGAGUUGCUCUUGUUUUAAUUGGACCAGGUACUGUUGAACAGGCAAAGGCAUUUUGUGAGCAAACCAAAUUCAAAGGAGAAGUAUAUGCAGACCCAAAUCACUCAUCAUAUGACGCUCUUGAAUUUGCAUUUGGGUUGUUCUCGACCUUUACACCAUCGGCUGGUCUCAAGAUAAUACAGUUGUACAGGGAGGGAUACAGGCAGGACUGGGAACUGUCAUUCGAAAAGAACACCAGGACAAAAGGCGGAUGGUAUCAAGGGGGGCUACUUGUUGCAGGUCCAGGUAUCGACAACAUCGUGUACAUCCACAAGGACAAAGAAGCCGGAGAUGACCCUGACACGCAGGAUGUCCUGAGAGCUUGCUGUUCCUAGAACAUUAGUGGUAGUCA